UCUGCCAAUCCGUGGCUGGAGUGAAACAAAGCAAUCCACUGACGCAGCGGUCCCCGCAGGCUUCUGCGAAACACGUCAGGAGAGGACUCUGCCCGCUGUCUCUCUCGCAAUCUGCUCCAAAUAUCUUGGUCAGAAAUGUGAGAAUGUCUAGCGACCCCGAGUGAGGCGCUGCCUUUUAUUCCUGAGCACCUUUAGAAGCAGGAAGCAGGGAGAAACGGUAGCGAGAGGUAUUUGGAUCUGAGUACAGCAGAAAGAAGAAAUAGUGGAAGAAAUCCCCCAUAAAGAAGGCGUGAGGAACGCAGGAAGCGCUGUUUCCCUGCCUGAGGUCUUUAUUCUACCAUGUCUUUAUUCUACGUAGCAGAUACGCUGUAAGAUUCUGGAAGAGAAGGCUAGGGGUUUAAAGGUUGGGAAUCUCUCGGAAGAGCUGGGUCUCGGUGACAGGAAAAACAGGUGAUCCCCGUUGAUCAAGACCAUACCUUUAAGAUAGAAUUCUGCUGCACAAUCUACACAACUUUACAGGGCAUGCAGAAUAUAUUUCCUGUCCAAUAAUGACAGAAAUACUUGAUUUUGAAGAGUAACAGUUACAGCAUGAAAUAGAAGACUAAAUGAAGUUUGAGGGCCACUUCAGAGUCCUGGUUGAAAUGGAAGUUGAGAAGUAUAAUGCAGUCAGUGCAAGUGACUUUCAGCUGGGUAUCUAGUCCUAUCAGAGAACUGUGGUUGCCCUAACCAAAACAGUAGGGUUAAGAGACCUUAAAUGAAAGAUAAAAAUUAUUAUAGAGAGAAAUGAUCACACUCUGCAUACAAUUCACCUCCAAGAAUUAUGAUGUAAUUCUUCGUCAGCUACUCACAGAUGGAAUUCUAAACUGGUAGCAGACCCUGAAGGACAAUGUCACCAUCAGAACCACCAAAAGGACAAACUGUCCCUCUCCUGUAUCACCCUGCAUCCCAUCUGCAUCCACAAAAAUGCUCGUUUUUCAACAAGCCUCCUAUUUCUUUUGGGUGACUGGGCACACUGCUCAGCAACUCCAUCACAUACUUUAGCACUUCCCACCCUGACUUAGGGUCCCACAUGCCUCCUGUUUCUUCUUGUCCAGUGACCUGGCACUGUGAACACUGUCAUUCUACGUGUCAGUGAGUGCAGAAUGCUAUGGUGUUCAUGCAGACUCUCUGAACUGACUCUGCAGGCAGUGAUCAGGCUUCAACUGGCUCAGUGUCAUCCAGAACCUGCAUGUGAUGGCAGAUGACCAUUGAGAAAAUGCAAGGAAACUAUGCCGGGACCUAUGGCCAAGUGGGCCCCUCUUUGAUGCUGCACCAUUCACAAUGCAACCCAGCUAUCCCAUCACCAAAGUGGACACCAACUGGGGCACAAAGGCCAGCUAAUGUGGCUCUUCAAACUAGCGAUGUGCAUAAGCUAAAUGUGUGCUGUGUCACUGUGGUUGACAGAAAUGCAACCUGCCAAGGUUUAUUGGUCGACAUGGUCAAUGAUGAAUCAUCAUGCUGCACCUGGUUGCUGCUCACAGUUUGCGGGAAUUGCUGACAGAACUCAGCAAUCACCCAGCACCCAACAGCAGGCAGCAAACAGCACCCAACAGCUGUAGUUUAACCUAGUGAUGGCCUUUGCCUUAUCUCCAUUCUGUUUCUCCUCAGUGUGACUCUGGCCAUCUCCCUGAACCUGCAACGCCUCCUCUAGCCCCGUUUCCAGGGGCUGCCUUCAGCCUGCUCUCUGAUCCAAGCCUUGAUAUGGAGCUGUCUCCAACUUAAAUGAAAGAGAUUUGCCCUGUUCCUACAAUAUGUGUAUGGCUUUAGAUAUUUUAAAAAUCUUGAUUUCUUUAAACUCAAGAAAGAGCUUUCAACCAGAUAUUCUCUGCAGUUCUAGCAGUGAAACUUUGUUUUUGUUUUUGUAGAAACAGAAUUUCACCAUGUUGACCGAGCUGGUCUCGAACUCCUGGCUUCAAGUGAUCUGCCCACCUCAGCCUCCCAAAGUGCUGAGAUUGCAGGCAUGAGCUACCGUGCCCGGCCAGCAAUGAAGCUUUCAAUGUUACCUUUGAUUCAAAUGUAUUUGUGUGAUAUUUUAACAUUUUUAUUUUAUACUUAUCAUACUUUUAUAAAUCACUCCUGCAUGUUUUUGGUUGUUGAGAGUGGGGAGCUCUACAGGUUUACUUGCUAGUUUUUAUGUAUACUUUAGUUUGCCUCAUUAGCUCACAGUUUCUUUGGGGAAAAGUUUGUGCCUAUUACUGUGUGUUCUGAAAAGUUAUGUUUUCUGUUAAAGAGUUUUUUCCUUGCAAUAUUGAAGGUGAUUUAUUGCAUCUUUAAAUUUCUACUCUUUGGCUCCAUAUACUUGUCUUUGAGAAGCUGAUAAACUGUAGAUUUGUUUAUAUAAGAACUAAAAUUCUCUCUCCAAAAACUAUUCUUGAGACCUUUUGUUGUUUUUUUCUUUCCUCAUUUUUAACUUUUCUCAGUCAUGGUGUCCAUGGGUUGACUGACUCAAUUUGUUCCUGAAAAUAUCAGAUCCUGGAGUGCAGAUAGCGUGCUUCUCUAAUUUUGGGGUAAAGAUAAGUAAGUCACUCAGCCUAAGACAUAUUAAUUAGUAAACCUUUGCUAAUAUUGCAGUGAGUAAAAAAAAAGGAAGGCCACUGCCAGGCAUGGUGGCUCACACCUGUUCCCAGCACUUUGGGAGGCCGAGGCGGGUGGAUUAUGAGGUCAAGAGAUCGAGACCAUCCUGGCCAACAUGGUGAAACCCUGUCUCUACUAAAAAUACAAAAAUUAGCUGGGCAUUUGGUGGCAUGUGCCUGUAGUCCCAGUUACUCAGGAGGCUGAGGCAGGAGAAUCACUUGAACCAGGGAGGUGGAGGUUGCAGUGAGCCGAGAUCAUGCCACUGCACUACAGUUUGGGAAACAGAGCAAGACUCCAUCUUAAAAAAAAAAAAAAAAAAAAAAAGGAAGGCCACAUUCUCGUCUUACUCGUUAAAAAAUACUUUGAUUUAAGAAAACCAACUUCUCUUGGAGAAAAUAUUAAGCUUGAUUGUAGGGGAAUACAUACUAUAAGAGCCUGUCUAAAAAUAAAGAUGAGACUGUUUUUCUUUUCAGUUGUGAGGAAUAAUAUCAUAGACUUUGUCUCUGAAAUUUGAAAUUUAAAUUAUAUAUUAAUGUGGCUUUUCAAUGAAAUUCCAAGAGCUCAAUGUUUUGUUUUGUUUGAAAAUAUAUUACCUUUGGGUAAAUCUUAAGAAUUUUUAAAAACCUACAUAAUGCAAAGACACUUCAAGAAAAAGAGGAAAAAUAAGGAUAGAGUUAAACCAUGCCCUUCAAAAUCCCAAGGUUUCUGAUAAAUAUUCAAAUCAUAAUUGGAACGAAAUGGAUGGUACAAUUUUUUAAAGUCUGCUUAUAUUCUAAAAGAUUCUUUUUCCCUCCAAUACUUUUCCUCCUCCAGUCCAAGGGGAGCUGCCAUAUGUGGCCUGGGAAAUUAUCAAGUGGUCAAGCUUUACUACAGAAAAAGUGGAGAGAUGAUUUUGUUCUCAUUGGGAUGUUAGGUUUUCACUAUCAUUUCCUGAAUAGCAAACAAGGAAAGCAGAUAGCUUGGGAAUACUGAGAUUCUCCUGUCUAUUGUAAUUUUGUGACAUUUAGGCACAUUUAAGGGAGUGAACAUAUAGUUUCUCCUUUUCAUACAUAUAUUGUAGAAUUAUUUCCUUGACAAUAGAUUAAAACUUAAGAAAAUACCAGGUUAAUGAAAAAGUUUUAAGUAUUUUCUAGGAAUGCAGUAACUGGUUAGGACUCUGGGCGCCGCUGUUCACCAAUCUGGGAGAUACAGGCAGUACACACACGUCAGGAGGAGGAAAAAAAAGCCCUCUUAGAACCUCCAUCACCGUCAGAUUGAAAACAGACUGUCCAAGACUGUCUAAAUCCUACUUCUGGAUGACUCUCCACUCAGAAUUCUCCUGAAAAUUGGGUUAAUUUCAGCUCAGAAAAGCAGAAACGAAAACUUGGUACUGGACUGGAUGAAAACUACAAAGUUAGAGAGCAAUGAAGAUUCAGAAAAAGCUGACCAGCUGCAGCCGGCUGAUGCUUCUGUAUCUUUCUCUGGAGUUACUGCUGGAAUCUGGGGCUGGGAAUAUUCACUACUCAGUGCCAGAAGAGACAGACAAAGGUUCUGUCGUGGGCAAUAUCGCCAAGGACCUAGGGCUACAACCCCAGGAGCUGGCAGAUCGCGGAGUCCGCAUUGUCUCCAGAGGUAGGAUGCCGCUUUUCGCUCUGAAUUCGGGAAGUGGCAGCUUGAUCACCGCGGGCAGGAUAGACCGGGAGGAGCUCUGCGCUCAGAGGGUGCCAUGUCUCGUGAGUUUUAGCAUCCUUGUUGAGGAUAAAAUGAAGCUUUUCCCUGUUGAAGUGGAAAUAAUUGAUAUUAAUGACAACACUCCCCAAUUCCAAUUAGAGGAACUGGAGUUUAAAAUGAAUGAAAUAACUACUCCAGGUACAAGGAUCCCAUUGCCUUUUGGGCAAGACCUUGAUGUGGGUCUGAACUCACUCCAGAGCUACCAACUCAGCUCUAACCCUCAUUUCUCCCUGGAUGUGCCACAGGGGACCGAUGGACCCCAACAUCCAGAGAUGGUGCUGCAGAGUCCCCUAGACAGAGAAGAAGAAGCUGUCCACCACCUCAUCCUCACAGCUUCUGACGGGGGUGAUCCAGUCCGUUCAGGGACUCUCCGAAUUUGCAUUCAGGUGGUAGAUGCAAAUGACAAUCCUCCAGCAUUUACUCAGGCAGAAUACCGUAUCAGUGUCCCUGAAAACGUGCGGGUGGGCACUCAGCUGCUCAUAGUAAAUGCCACUGACCCUGAUGAGGGAGCCAAUGGAGAAGUAACAUACUCUUUUCAUAAUGCAGAUCACAGAGUGGCUCAAAUAUUUCAUUUAGAUUCUUAUGCAGGAGAAAUAUCAAAUAAAGAACCGCUGGAUUUCGAAGAAUACAAAAUUUAUUCAAUGGAAGUUCAAGCCCAGGAUGGUGCGGGGCUCAUGGCUAGAGCUAAGGUACUGAUUAAAGUUUUGGAUGUAAAUGAUAAUGCCCCAGAAGUGACCAUCACCUCUGUCGCCACUGCAGUUCCAGAAAACUUUCCUCCUGGGACCAUAAUUGCUCUUAUAAGUGUGCUUGACCAGGACUCAGGAGACAAUGGUUACACCACAUGUUUCAUUCCUGGAAAUCUACCCUUUAAAUUGGAAAAGUUAGUUGAUAAUUAUUACCGUUUAGUGACUAAAAGAACACUGGACAGAGAACUUAUCUCUGGGUACAACAUCACAGUAACAGCAACAGACCAGGGAACUCCAGCUCUAUCUACUGAAACUCACAUUUCACUGCUAGUGACAGAUAUCAAUGACAACUCUCCAGUCUUUCAUCAAGACUCCUACUCUGCCUACAUUCCUGAAAACAACCCCAGAGGCGCCUCCAUCUUCUCUGUGAGGGCCCACGACUCAGACAGCAAUGAGAAUGCGCAAAUCACUUACUCCCUAAUAGAGGACACCAUCCAGGGGGCACCCCUGUCGUCCUACGUGUCCAUUGGCUCCGAAACUGGGGUACUGUAUGCGCUGCGAUCCUUCGACUACGAGCAGUUCCGGGAUUUGCAACUGAAAGUGAUGGCGCGGGACAGCGGGGACCCGCCCCUGAGCAGUAACGUGUCGCUGAGCCUGUUUGUGCUGGACCAGAAUGACAAUGCACCGGAGAUCCUGUACCCCGCCCUCCCCACAGACGGUUCUACUGGAGUGGAGCUGGCGCCCCGCUCCGCAGAGCCCGGCUAUCUGGUGACCAAGGUGGUGGCGGUGGACAGAGACUCGGGCCAGAACGCCUGGCUGUCCUACCGCCUGCUCAAGGCCAGCGAACCGGGACUCUUCACGGUGGGGCUGCACACGGGCGAGGUGCGCACGGCGCGGGCCCUGCUGGACAGAGACGCGCUCAAGCAGAGCCUCGUGGUGGCCGUCCAGGACCACGGCCAGCCUCCUCUCUCGGCCACCGUCACGCUCACUGUGGCCGUGGCCGACAGGAUCCCCGACAUCUUAGCGGACCUGGGCAGCCUUGAGCCUUCAGCCAAACCCAACGAUUCGGACCUCACUCUGUACCUGGUGGUGUCGGUGGCCGCCGUCUCCUGCGUCUUCCUGGCCUUCGUCAUCGUGCUGCUGGCACUCAGGCUGUGGCGCUGGCACAAGUCACGCCUGCUGCCGGCUUCGGAAGGCGGGAUGGCAGGCGGGCCCAGCCCGCACUUUGUGGGCGUGGAUGGGGUUCGGGCUUUUCUGCAGACCUAUUCCCACGAGGUCUCCCUCACCGCAGAUUCGCGGAAGAGUCACCUGAUCUUCCCGCAGCCCAACUACGCUGACACGCUUAUCAGCCAGGGGAGCUGUGAGAAAAAAGAUUUUCUAUCAGCACCCCAGUCCUUACUGGAAGACAAAAAGGAACCAUUUUCUCAGUGUUCUCAGAGGAAUGGAUGAAAGUAAAAAUGAAAAAAUUUCAACCAGGAAGGAGUCAAAAGGCAAACAGACUAAAGUGUCACCAGAAAUGGGCAAUUCCACUUAUAUCACAUACAAAAAUUAAUGCAAAUGGAUCAAAGAAGCAAAAUUCAGAAGCAACAAAAUCCUUUUACCUGUUAUGUUUAAGAACUAAAACUAUACAUCUCUUAGAAGAAAACAGGAGGAAACUUUCAUAACAUCGAUUUUGGCAAUAAUUUCUUGGAUAUGACACCAAAAGCACAAGCAGCAAAAGAAAAAAUUAGUAUACUGGACGUUAUCACAAUUAAAAACUAUUGUGCAGCAAAGAACAACAUCAAUAGAGUGAAAAUGAAGCCCACAUAAUGAGAGCCAAUACUUCCAAAUAAUGUAUCUAAGAAUAGAUAUCCAGAAUAAAGAACUCCCGCAACUCAACAACAAAAAAUCUCAAGCAAUUGGAUGUUGAAAUGAGCAAAAGACUUGAAUAGACAUUUCUCCAAAGAUGAUAUACAAAUGGACAAAAGUGUAUGAAAAGAUACUCAGCAUCACUAUUCAUUAGGGAAAUUCAAAUCAUAGUGUGAUACUACUUCACAUUCAUUAGAAUUGCUGUCAUAAAAGAAAAGAAGUGUUAACAACAAUAUGGAGAAAUUGGAAUUUGUGUGUAUUGUUGGUGGAUAUAAAAUGAUACGUCUGCUGUGGAAAAUGAUAUGGUAAGUUCUCAAAAAUUUAAACAUAAGAUUACCAUAUGAUCUAGCAAUUCUGCUCUGGUUAUUACCCAAAAGAAGUGAAAGUAGGGACUUCAACAGACGUUUGUACACCCAUGUUUAUGGCAACAUUAGUCACAAUAGUUGAAAGGUGGAAGUAACCCAAGUGUCCAUCGACAUAUCAAUGGGUAAACAAAAAGUGGUUCACACAUACAAUGGGCUAUUAGCCUUAAAAAGGAAGGAAAUUCCGUCACAUGCUACAAUAUGGAGGAACUUCAAAGACAUUAUGUCAAGUGAAAUAACCCUGUCACAAAAGGACAUUUACUGUAUGAUUCCUCAUGUAUGAAGUUCCUAGAGUAGUGUCAGAUUCAUAAACACAAAAGGUAGAAUGGUAGGUGCCAAGCACUGGGUGAAAAGUAAUGGGGAGUUACUAUUUAAUAAUUACAGAAUUUCAGCUGGGGAGGAUGAAAAAGUUUUGGAGAUGGAUGGUGGUAAUGAUCAUACCAGAAUAUAAUUGAAUUUAAUUAUAAUACAAUUAUAUUUAUUAUAAUUAUAUUAAUUAAUUUGAAUGUAUUUAAUGUCACAGAAUUGUAUGCUCAACAUUGGUCAAAAUGGUAAAGAUGAAACAGGAGUAAGAAGACAUGCACUGCACUGUAUUUUACACCCUUGGAAAAUAAGUAUCAGAAAGAGAACUUGGCAACCUCAAACAAUUUUGAGGACUGAUUCCUAAUGUGGUGAAAAGCCCUUUCUGGCUCUAGCUUUAUUGAAUAGACCCGCUUUCUGUUUCUGUAAUGUUCCAUGCUGUCUCUCACCUUCAAGCAUUUGUUCUGAGGUUCUAGAGCACUUCUUCAGCCUUUUUCUUGAUUCAAUCCUCCUUUUUAGGAUUCAGCUUCAAUUAUACCCUCAAAAAGACUUUUCUGAUCCCAAAUCUAGACUGGAUACCCUUCCUAGGUAUUCCUUCAUCACCCAGUAUUUCCCACCUCAUGUCACAGCAGUUGCCAUACUCUAUUACACUCUCUUUACUUUCUUACGUUCUUGUCCAUCCUUCAUGCUUGAGAGCAGAGCCAGUGUUUAUCAUAUUCACCAUUUCUAUCUCCAGCCCCAAUCAUGCAAAGUGUGAGGCAUGUGUACCUAAUUGUCUGAUGAUUCAGUAACUUAAAGGCAGAUUUUAAAGCCAUCAACCACAAGAGUUCAAGAUAUAAACCUUAGAAGAAAAUGCAGCUAAUGUUUUUUAAUUGAUCUUACUGCUUCUGACUACACAAUAAGAGAUGGAAGAUGUUUGGAGCAAGGGCAGUGGUGGCAUUUAUUAAUGUCUUGAGCAGUCAAUAAUAUUUUUCUAGCAACUAUUAUCAAGAUCUUGUUCAUUUAUAGUAUUCUUAUUAAUCCUGAUAAAAAGAUUCAUGCUUUGAAAGAUCUACUCCUGGGGUAUCUUAGAGCUGCAAAAUUCUUUAAAGCAACUUGAAAGUCAACAAAGGCAAACAAACAAGAAGUAACUUAGGUUUUCCUGAGAAGGUGCAGAAAUUAUUUAGGCCUCUGAGCGUCGCUGUUGACCACCUAAGGAGUAAAAAGCAGCGAGACAUCCAAUCCAGCAAUACGGCUCCCACGGAACAAGGGGCUGGAGAUUUGGCCCUAAAACUUCAGGGUACCAGAGAAAUUCAGUCGAACAGCCCACCAGUUCUCUCCAUAGGGACCUGGGUCCCGUGAAUGCUGGUCAUCACACACC